AUGACUCUGUCCCCGGGACAUGUUACCAGCCAGCUACGGCACCUCAUUUAUUACAACCUUGACAAUAAUCUAAUUCGCAACGCUCUGUUCCUCGCCGCGCGCCUACAUGCCUUUGAACCGCGAUCAUAUGAGGCUCAAUAUCUGCUCGCUCUCUGCCACUUGCAUAAUGGAGAAGUGAAGGCUGCAUUUGAUGUCAGCCAGGUUUCAGGCUCACGUGGAAUGCACACUGGCUGCGCCUAUGUUUUUGCCCAAACAUGUCUAGACAUGGGAAAGAACCUCGACGGUGUGGCAGCUCUGGAGGGCAGCAAAAACCUCUGGAUAUCCAAGAAUCACUGGAAUAAGCACAGCGAAACCCGACGGCAACACCUUCCUGAUGCAGCAGCAGUGUAUUGCCUGCAAGCAAAACUUUGGCACGCGCACAAGGAUCUUACAAAUGCGGUGGACUGUUAUGUAGAGGCACUCAAACUGAAUCCCUUCAUGUGGGAUGCAUUCACAGGGCUGUGUGAGACUGGCGUCAAUAUCCGAGUGCCAAAUAUCUACCAACUCAGCCCAGAACUGCUUGCAAUCAUAUCUUCAAUGCCGGAGGAAGCCACUAACCGGCCAGAUAAUUCUGGACUUGAAGAUGGAACUGUUCCUAUGCAGCCUCCUGGUAACCCGGAGUCCGACCCAUUCAUGGUGUCUGCAUCUCGUGGCGAGCCUGAGACCACCUUCGGAAGCUCUUCGCUCUGGCAAAAGCUGAAUGGAAACUCUGUCAAUGUCUCUUCAAUGGCACAGCCAGUAUUCCAAGAUGGAAUGGAGACUCCAGGCGCACAGAGCAGUGGAUCUGAAGAAUUCCGCAUCGCCAAUGGAGUCACUGACCCGGAUUCUACAUGGGAUGCACCACUAGCACCAACACGCAAGACACGUACAGUUCAGACAAUGAGCCUUGAUCAUACAGGGCAGCCCCCGCCCCGGAUGAUGCGCCCAACAGGCAUCAGACCCAGACACAAGACACGAACAGAACCAGACGGUCAACCCACACUACCGACAGAAAGAGAACCAACACUGACAUCAAGAUUCGGUGAUCGCAAGCGCACAGUCUCUGGACAAGUCGCACACCCCCUCCCCCCAUCACAACCCACGGAACCAGGUGCUCCCCAGCGCCGAAGUGUUCGCCUAUUUAAUCAAAUCAAACCCACCACCAGCAAGCUUUCAAAUAGCACUCUCGUUGGCAGGGAUGGUCGCGAAAUGAAGAAAUUGCGAGGAGUGCCUACAAAAUCGCGCACAGGAUCCGUGCCCACUGUCGGCCGUGUCGUGAGUGGCAAUCGGAAACCCAUUGAAACACCCGACAACGAUGCAAAAGAACAUCGUAAUGGAUCGACACAGCCCCAAUAUCACAUCCCUCCGUUGCCCAAAAAUGCCGAACAAACAAAAGAUAUGGAAGCUCUCGAUUGGCUCCUUGGUCUGUUCAGCAAACUCGCCUCUGGGCAUUUCUCACUGAGUCGGUACAAGUGCCAAGAAGCUAUCUCCUCUUUCAAUACCCUUACUCCAGCGCAACGUGAAACACCUUGGGUGCUUUCCCAACUUGGCCGGGCCCAUUUCGAGCAGGCAAGCUACACCGAAGCUGCGAAAUAUUUUGCCCGAGUUCAGAAAAUAGCCCCCUCUCGCCUCGAGGACAUGGAAAUCUACUCAACCGUGCUGUGGCAUUUGAAAAAUGAAAUUGAGUUGGCUUAUUUGGCACAUAGGCUGCUCGAGACUGAUCGAUUGUCUCCACAGGCAUGGUGUGCCAUUGGCAAUUCAUUCUCUCACCAGCGGGAUCACGAUCAAGCAUUGAAGUGCUUCAAGCGUGCUACAAUGAUUGAUCCUGAAUUCGCGUACGCCUUUACGCUACAAGGACAUGAGUAUGUCGCCAAUGAAGAAUACGAAAAAGCACAAGCAGCCUAUCGUGAUGGCAUUCAUGCCGACAAUCGACACUACAAUGCAUGGUACGGACUUGGCACCGUGUAUGAUAAGCUGGGCAAGUGGGAUUUCGCCGAGCAGCACUUCCGCAAUGCAGCCAGCAUCAACCCAACGAACGCAGUGCUCAUUUGCUGCAUCGGUCUGGUUCUGGAGAAAAGAAAAAACCCGCAGGAGGCCCUAUCUCAUUACAGUCGAGCCUCUUAUCUAGCUCCGCACUCGGUACUAGCUAAGUUCCGCAAGGCUCGAGUGCUCAUGCAACUGCGGGAAUAUCACCUUGCCCUAGUCGAACUGAACGCCCUCAAGGACAUGGCGCCAGAUGAGGCAAAUGUGCACUACCUUCUUGGCAAGCUGUACAAAAUGCUUCAAGACAGGCCUGCUGCUGUCAGGCAUUUCACCGCGGCCUUAAACUUGGAUCCUAAGGCUGCACAAUACAUCAAGGACGCAAUGGAGUCAUUGGACGAUGACGAUAUGGAGGAUGAGGACAUAGCGUAG